AUCAAUCAUCAGCUUACACGUAACGUAGCUACUACCAUUGCUACAACAACCUGCUUUUUUGAAAAAUUUCAUGGCGUGUAAGCAUUAAUGAUUCUCAUUACAAUUCACAGCAAGCAUUGCGUGACAAAUUUUAAGGCGGUGAAUCACUGGAGCAAAGCAGAUAGCAUAGUUGAAUGAGGCAGAAACUGGAAUAGUAGCUUAUAAAGAGAGAGUACCAACAUUAAACUUCAUACUAGAUGUUUGACAUUUGAGUAUGGCAGAGGAAAUUCAAAAUGACGCUGAUGUUAUACAUUUAACAGCUUCAGAAAUUGUGGACGCGUUUCAAUUGCCUCUCUCACUUCGUAAAUGGCCGGAAUUCGAUAAUGUGCCUUCCAAAUAUAAAAGGAGAACUGUGAUCAGAAUUGGCUCUUGGAAUCUGCUGAGUUUUACUAAGCAGAAGGCAAAAAACCCUGGUGUACGAGAGGUGAUAUGUAUGACCAUUUUACAACAUGGGAUAAAUAUUCUAGCUGCCCAAGAAUUGGCUGAAGAUGGUGCUUUGGAAAUGAUAAGAGAUGAACUAAAUAAUCCAACAACUCCUAAUCUUAGAAGGUUUAAAGGUCAUAGAGGCAAAUGGGAAUGUAUCACGUCAGAAAUUGCUGGCAGAAUGUAUCGGGCUUCCGAACGCAAUGGUUUCCUUUGGGACACAAGUCGUAAAAUUAAACUUAUGGACAAUGGUUUGCUUGAAAGAAAGGAUAAAACAAAACAAAGAAAGAAGGAUUUUGUGAGAAGACCUUUUAUUGGUUAUUUUAAGGCGUAUCGAUUUGAUUUUAUUGUCCUCAGUGUUCAUUUGAAAGCAACAGGGUUGGAAAAUGAAGACCUUGAACGUCUUCAGGGAGAAAUUGAUACAAUGCCUGAUAUUUUUGAAGCAAUUACUGAAAGCAUGCCAGGUGAAGAUGACAUUUUGAUUCUUGGUGAUUUUAACCUGACGCCACUUGACUCAGCAUUUGAUGAUUUUCGCGAAGCGGGUUUUGUAAACGCUAUUGAGGAUGGCGUCCCAACCAACAUUAGCCCAACGAAUCUCGAAGGUUCAAUGACGUAUGACAAUAUUUGGAUAAAGCAAUCUGGUAAACCUGACAAGCAGGAAUAUACUGGUCGAUCAGGUGUUGGACGUGACAAUCAGAGCCAUCAGUGGAUCCCAUGUGGUGGAAGCAGAAGUGUUGAAGGAGUGCCGUCUGAUCAUUGUAUGGUCUGGGCCGAGUUUUUCUAUGGAGUGGAUCACGAUAAGUCGAAAAAUGAGGAUAUCAAUAUACAAAAGUCAAAACGGUACAAGAUAGGGGAUAGUGGAGAUGAAGAUGUAUCCUAGUCAUUGACAAAAUCUGGCUAUUCAAAUUUUACGAAACUAUUGCAUAUUCUUGUCAUGUAUUACGAGCAUGUACUAAUUUCACCAGCAUAAUAUUAAAUAGUUUUUCACAGAAA